AUGUGUGAGCAUGAGGCAGCCUCAACUUCCGACAGCACUGCGAGCGGCGGAGAAGAGGGCGCCGAAUCUGAAGAUGAUAGCCAAGCAGAUGAUCCAGAAGAAAGCAUCAGCGAUGAGGACCUUCCAACCGCAAAUAUCCAAGAACGUCCAAAGCGACAAACUCGAGGGAAGCGUUGGACUGUGCUGGAUGGGAAAGAUUUGGUGGACGAUGAGGAGUUUUGGCACCAUGCCGACUUCCAAGAUGCCUCUUCCGACAGCGAGUUUCAGGGCCAGGAGGACUCCUCUGAGUCGCAGGACUCGGACUUCAGCCAGAAGACACCCGAGGAGGCGGAGCCGCAGGAGCAAGAGCCGCUGGAGCGUGCAAAACGCCGGAAGGUCACCAUCCCCGGCCUUCCCCGGGAAGGCCGGCGCCCGGCCACCGGGUCGCGCCCGGCCGGGUCUUCGCCAACGGGGCCGAAGGUGCCAAUGGUGAGGGCCAACAGGAUCCUGCGACACUCCACCAUGGAGCAACGUCAGCUACGGGACGAAACCAAGGCCAGAGCGGCCGCCGCCGAACUGGGCCUGGAUCCCGCGCCAAAGAAGGAGCCGAAGCCGUCCAUGUUGACCCAGGAAAUGCGCCUUGAGGAGGCCGUGCGCACCGAGGAGAGGAGUCGUGAAGAGUUCAAGGCGCUGCAAAGUCAAGAGGACGAGCGUCGCCGUUCCCGGCGCCAGCGGCGCAGGGUGAUGUACAACGGCCCACGGAUUCGCUUCGUCUCCAGGCUGUGCGCAGAUGCUGGCGCGGAGCCGUUGAUCGGCGGCCGCCCGGGCGUGGAGAAUUCCGUGGAAUUCAUCGAUUGCAGUUUCGAAGAGAUCUGUGGAGGCACCAGCAACUCAGGGCGCUUGUCCGCAUCUGGAGCAGUGCCGGAUCAGAUCAGUGUGGAGGCAGGCAGAAUGGAGAAGACUUUGGCAGUGCAGAGACAGUGCCAUUUGCGUGGCAAAACCAUGGAGGACUUUACUGCAGCCUGUGACAUCGUGAGCUUCAAGGAUGAUCCGUUCGCUGGCGCGGACAGUGGUGAGGAGGUGGUGCAAAACGUUUUUGAGCGUUUGGAUGCAGAGGCAAGGAGGCAGAAUACUUCUAGUGAUGCACUGCUUGCGAAGAAGAAGACGGAAUGCGACAAACAGCCACCGGCCGCACCAGGCGUACAGAUGCUGUGUUCUAUUGUUCUCCGAGGCGAAGCAGCGAAGUCCCGCGAAGAAGAUGCAAAAAAGGCUUAUUGCCUCUGGCUGCUCUGUGCCAUUUUACUGGUGGUGAUACCUCUCUUCGCGACCUUUGCCACAGAGAAUGUUUGGGUGAAGGAAAGCUUCUACAGGGCGCAGCCUGCGGUUUCCUUCACCAAUGAGCUUUUUCUGAUUGCUUCCGGGGACACUGUGAACAGCGCAGUGGGGUGGAGCAAUCAGCCGUCCUUGCAGAGCCUUUUGCCACCGGAGGUCAAAGUCCCUCUGGUGCGAUCCAGUUUCAGCGAUCCCAACCAUGACGGUGUUGCAGAUACCUUGAAGCUGAGUGUGGAGCUUCCAUCGAGCAGCAUGCGGCACCUGACGCUGCUGGCAGUCUAUGAGGUAAAGGUGCGGGGGAAGGUCUCGGAGGAGCUGAGUGGGCUCAUGGCCCUGGACCUUUCCAGCCCCUACUUGGCCUCUGGGCUUUCCGUCUAUGGCCAGAUGGUCUUCAGGCCAUGGAAAGAGGAACACUUAACAAAGGGACAGUUCACCCAAAAUGGUUGA